AUAAGAGACGUUAGGUAAAAAGUUUAUCAGUUAGGCUCUUGUUAUGUGUGAUCUUAUGCGAAUACAUCAAUCAAAGACCAUACGGUAUUGUGGAAAAGAGUCGUAAGCAAUUUCUCAAGUGUGACGCAGAUAGUCCGUUCACAUCUAUUUAAAUCAUUCUCUGUCUUCUCUUUGGCUUCACCACCAUUCCCGCAAUAAAGAAAGAACACCGCACAUUAUGACAGUCAACGAGGAAAAGAACGUUCCGACAAAAACUCAUGUCUUGAUCUUCCCAUUUCCAGCGCAAGGCCACAUGAUCCCCCUCUUUGAUUUCACCCACCGCCUAGCUUUACGCGGCGGCUCCGCCUUAACUAUCACCGUCUUAGUCACUCCUAAGAACCUUCCCUUUCUCUCUCCUCUUCUCUCCGCCGGAGUUAACAUCGAAGCUCUCAUCCUCCCUUUUCCCUCUCACCCUUCAAUCCCCUCCGGCGUCGAAAACGUCCAAGACUUGCCUCCUUCAGGCUUCCCUACCAUGAUCCACGCGCUUGGUAACCUCCACGCGCCGCUUCUCUCUUGGAUCACUUCUCACCCUUCUCCUCCUGUAGCCAUCGUCUCGGAUUUCUUCCUUGGCUGGACCCAACAUCUCGGAAUCCCUCGCUUCGAAUUUUCCCCUUCUGCUGCUAUCUCUUGCUGCAUCCUCAAUACUCUCUGGAUCGAGAUGCCCACCAAGAAAAACGACGAUGACGAGAUCCUCGAGUUUCCGAAUAUCCCCAAUUGUCCGAAAUACCCUUGGUCUCACAUCUCCUCAAUCUACCGGAGUUACGUUCACGGAGAUCCAGCUUGGAAAUUCAUAAGAGACGCCUUCAGAGACAACGCGGCAAGUUGGGGACUCGUCGUGAACUCAUUCUCAGCCAUGGAAAGUGUUUAUCUCGAGCAUCUUAAGCUAGAGAUGGGCCAUAGCCGUGUAUGGGCUGUUGGCCCACUUCUUCCAGUCUCCGAGGGUAACCGUGGUGGCUUGACCUCAGUUUCUGUCGACCACUUGAUGUCGUGGCUAGACGCACGUGCGGAUGACCAAGUGGUGUACGUGUGCUUCGGAAGUCAAGUUGUGUUGACCAAGGACCAGACCCUUGCCCUCGCCUCUGCGCUUGAGAAAAGCGGCGUCCAUUUCGUGUGGGCCGUCAAGGAAGACUCGACACGUGGCAACAUCCUAGAUGGCUUCGACGAUCGUGUGGCUGGGAGGGGUCUGAUAAUCAGAGGAUGGGCUCCACAAGUGGCCGUGCUCCGGCACCGAGCCGUGGGAGCGUUUCUAACGCACUGCGGUUGGAACUCCGUGGUGGAGGCGGUGGUUGCCGGCGUUCUGAUGCUGACGUGGCCGAUGCGGGCAGACCAGUACAUAGACGCGACUCUGUUGGUCGACGAAUUGAGAGUGGGCGUUCGUGCCUGUGAGGGACCUGACACGGUGCCUGACCCGGAGGAGUUAUCCCGAAUUUUCGCUCAUUCGGUCACCGGAAAUCAAAUGGAGAGGAUCCGAGCCGUGGAGCUGAGGAAAGAAGCGUUGGGGGCGAUCCAAGAACGUGGGAGCUCGGUUAAGGAUUUAGAUGGAUUUAUCGAGCAUGUCGUUAGUUUAAGACCAAACAAAUGAUUCAGUCAAAUAAAAUUCAAGUUAUGGUAAAUUUUUUACUCGAAUAUGCUCCCCGAUAAUGUAAAAUCUCCAUGACUGUAUCUUUCUAAUAAAUUGUUGUAACUUGUAAGAUGAUAAAUUAGAGUUUCUGAUAUGCUCUUAUGCAGUAAGAUUUUGCUCUAUCUGGAAUGUUUUGGCGUGGACAUAUAAUUUCGAUUCGUGUGUUAUGUAAUUUAAAAAGCUUAAAAUGGCAAAGAAGCGGGUCAAGAUGGAUCGGGUUGGGUCGUGUCGGGUCAAGUUUUAUAAGACCCGAAAACUAAUCCGAACGUUUUGUUUUCUUAUCUCUUAUUCGACAAAUCAUAUUCGCUUCCAUCUCCCUCACACAUCCACAGAAGUAAAGAAAUGGCUCUCACCGUGAGCAGCGGUGGCGGAGGAGCGAGGAUCCACUGCAUCGACCUCACUGAGUCUUCUCGUACUCCCUUCUCCACAUCCAGACUCGUAAACUUCUCUCAUCACUCAAGAACUCGUCAUCACGUUGUCUCUGCCGCCAAAAAAGCCUCCUCUCAAACCGGCCGGUUCGACAGCAGGAAGCGUCGAACCCUCGUGCCGACGACCACCAAGGAACAACCCGAAGAGCAGAACGGUGCAUUUGACGGCGAGAAUCCGCCGUCCGAGAUCGAAAUCGCCGACGACGAUGGCGGGGAUAGAUUUGCGGUGAACACUCGAUUCAGAGGUGAUCCCAAAGACGCGCCGAAGUUUUUGAUUAAGGAUCUUCCUGGGCUUGAACCUGAUCCUUUUGAAGGUCCUCAGUGGGAUGGUCUAGGGUUCUUCGUUCAGUACUUGUGGGCUUUCGGAAUCCUUUUCGCGCUUGUCUCCGGCGGAAUUGCGGCGGGGACGUACAACGAAGGUGCGACGGAUUUCAAGGAGACGCCAGUGUAUAAAGAGGCGAUCCAAUCCCGUGACCUUCUGGACGAGGCAGAGAGUUCGAACUCGGAAGAUGUGUUCGAGUCCAACCCAACAGAAGUGGCGCCUAGUUUGGAAUAGUUUCAGUUCAGUGUUUAGAAAAAUGGAAAAAAAAAAGCCUGAAUCUUUUGGUUUUGGGGAGUUUUCAAAAUGUCUUAUUCGAUGUUGAUCUUCUUUGAGCUUGCUGUGUUUAUAAUGUUUACAGAAUCAAAGCGAAAACCCGAUUAUUAAAAACACGACUACUGUUCUUCAUUGUUCUGUUUUCCGAUUUCAUUUCAUGAACUGCAAACUUCUUUACGAAACAUAACAAUAAAUCUUUUUCUUCCACUUUUUUCUUGGUUCGUAGAGUAAACUCAAAACAGGAGAAUGCAACUAAAAGGAGGUAGUAGACUGGUAGUUUAAGUGCAGAGAGACUUAGAUGAGGAGGAGUGAUCCAGGUAGGAUAGCUGCGAGUGCGAGGAUGCUUAGCUGAAUCUUAGACUUGGAGCCAGAGGAUCUAAGACCAUAACCUAGCCCCAUAAAACUGGUGGGUCUUUGUGCCACUGGAGCCACUGGAGUUGCUGAUAAAAGUAAAAUGAGUUCAGUAACACUUUCGUUGUGAGAUGUUACAGUUUAUAUGUUUUGGUUUUAGCAACUUUGGUAAAAGUGGCUUACCCGCAACGCCUGAACUGUUCUUUGCACCUAGAGAGACUUGAGAACCGGUUGAGCUAGAAGGUGGUGGAGCAACAGAGGAGGAUUCACUAGAAACCUACGUACCAGGGGAGGAUGAGCAAGAAGAUGAAUUGGCUGGAAUGUUGCAAAGCGGAGGCAAUUGUAGAGCAAGAGUUUGAUUGAUUGGGAAAGCAGGGGACAAAGUCAAAGUGUUGUUGAGGAAGAGACAGAGACAAGUUGGUUGUUGGCUGUAGAUUUGGUUUAAGCCGUCACAGCAAGGUUGAGCCGGGAGCUGGACAAAGCCUUGCACGAAUGGACCACAUGGAGCCAAGGAAAGAAGCAUGGAGGCACAUGUAGCUGUGGUGCCUGGGACUUGAGCGUGAACCGGUUGGAGAAAAAUUGGAGACAAGGUGAUUAAGAGAGUGACGACGAGAGUAGGAGAAACCAUUUUUCUUGUAGAUAAGUUUCUUUCUUCUUUGUUUGAGAGAAUGUGGUGGUUUUUGGAGUACUUAAGGCCGGAAUCAAUUAGUUUGGUGUGUGUGUGACUGUGGAGAGAUAUUGUUAUUGCACACAUGAUGUGUGUUAAUUUGGUUGCAACACUUGAUUUCUUCAUGUGUUGUGUCUUGUUUGGUGUUUUCUACUUCAUUCAUAAAUUAUGCUUCUUGUUUUGAGUUGA